AUUGGUUGCCAGUAGACAAGCAUGUCGGAGUGGCAGAUUCCCUGACGGGCUUCUUCAAUGCCACCUUCCAAGGGUUGGUUUCUCUCUAUCAGUGUAGGAAAUCUGUUGCGGGUGCGGAUCGUGAUAUUUCCUAAAGGGACCGUCAAAGAGGAUUCAGCCCCGUAUCGACCAGGCGAACAAGUCCUGACAACUAUUCCGCGACGAUCUUCGAAGGGUAGCGAGUUCGGGCUCUGUUUGGAAGAGGAAGACACGGUACUUUUUUCUGCUUCUCUUGAAUUGGAGUUCUGUCAUCCCGCUGGUAGAGUUGCAAUUUCACAUCGUACGAAACUAGAUCAAUAGAAGACUUGGGAGAGGUUCAGCGGAGAGAAAAAGUUGCCGAAGCUUCACCACGAAACCGAAGAAACGUGACUCUCUGAGAAUUUGAGGAGGAUUGCUGCGGCUGCCAAUUCCUGCCACUUCUAAGAAGAUUUUGCAAGCCGCAGCGCUUGAUAAUGGCGAACUCUUACGAGGAAUAUGCCAUUCGAGAUCGGGUUCCCGAUGCUAAGAAAGCAGUGUUGUUAGUGAUUGACAUGCAGGAGUAUUUCAGAGGUAUGGCAGAGCCUAUUCUGCCGGCAAUACAGCGAAGCAUAGACCUAGCCCGAGCAGCUCGUAUUCCGGUUAUCUUCACUCAGCAUUCUCACAACGGGCCAUCGGAAUAUGGUAUGCUUUACGAGUGGUGGGAUGGCAACCUUAUUAUGGCUGGAAGCCCAGAAGCAGAACUCAUGCCGGAGUUGCCGAAGCUUGAAAGCGACAAACUUGUGCCGAAGCACACGUACAGCGGUUUUUAUAACACAGACUUGGAGAGGCAUCUCAAGGAGACUGGGAAGACCGAGGUGAUAAUAACAGGGGUCAUGACGAAUUUGUGCUGCGAGACCACUGCCCGGGAAGCUUUUAUAAGGGGGUUUCGUGUGUUCUUUUCAAGCGAUGCAACAGCCACAAUUAAUGAGGAUCUUCACGUCAGUAGCUUGAAGUCAUUGGCAUAUGGUUUUGCGUACCUUGUCAAUGUCAACAGCCUUGCUGCUAUGUCGAAGUGAAGAAAACUCUUUGCAAGAGUUCUCACAGCCAUGAACAAAAAAAAUGUGGUGUGCUUGUAGUACGAAUAUUUUUUCAAAAUGUGGAUUUUGAAGGGAUUUUGCAAAUCUUCAUUGGCCUUCCAUUCACUUCCACCCAACAAUUGACCACAAUAAAUUUCUUCAAAUGUAAUGUCCUUGUUA